UACUACUGUCAGUUGUCAAUUUACACUCACAAUUUCACACCUAACCAAUUUUGUCGAAAUAAAAAAUAAAUAAAUUAUUAAAUGUUUUAAAAAUGUCAUAAAAAAUUUUAAUUUGCAAACGUAGUUAUUUAUUUUUUUAAACAAAAUUUUAAAUCUAAAUUAUUAAUAGCAAUACAAAAGUGAAAAUAAUUGUUGAUAAUUAUAAUAUUUAAUAACUAAGUGAUGCUUUAUUGCAUAAUAAUUGACAAUAAGUGUUUAUUAUAAAUAAUAAUUAAAUUACUGACUGUCUAAUUGACUACUUAAAUAAUAAAAUAUAUUUUAUUCGAUAUAUCGAUGUGUAAUUUUAAAUUAUCGAUUGUCAUUCAAAUAAAAUAAAUUUAAAAAAACGUGGGAAAUUUAAAAUUUGAAAUUUGGAAUAAUAAUAUUUAAUUUAUACUUGAGUUUAAUGAGAAAAGAAGUGAUGGGUAAUACGGUUAAAAUAAAGCAACAUUAUGAGACAGCUAAAAAAACAGGAAUAUUAAAUAUAUCAAAUAGACAGAUGAUGGAAAUUCCUGCUAAUAUGAAACAAUUAGCAGAAAUAUUACGAACACUUGAUUUAUCACAAAAUGUAUUUAAAGUUUUACCUGAUGAAAUAGGUAUUUAUGUAAUACUUAAACAAUUAAAUUUGAGCCAUAAUAAAUUGCAAACAUUGCCAGCGACAAUUGGUAAUUUAGUUAAAUUGGAAAUACUUAAUGUUAGUUGUAAUCAAUUAAAAACUCUGCCUGAUAGUUUGUCUAAUUUAUCACAUUUAAAACAAGUUAAUUUGUCAGACAAUCAACUGACUGAAUUUCCGUUAAUGUUUUGUGGAUUGAAGCAUCUAGAUGUUUUGGAUUUAUCAAAAAAUAAAUUAACUUGUGUACCAGAUGGCGUCGUUGGACUCCAUGUUAUUGAAUUAAAUCUUAAUCAAAAUCAAAUUUCGACGAUUUCCGACAAGAUGGCCGACUGCCCAAGACUGAAGACAUUGAGAUUGGAAGAAAAUUGUCUGCAACUUAAUUCAAUACCGACGAGAAUUUUCAAGGAAUCAAAAAUUUCAAAUAUAACUGUUGAGGGUAAUCUGUUUGAGAACAAAAAAAUUGCUGAUGUUGAUGGCUACGAGGCUUACAUGGAGCGUUACACUGCUGUUAAGAAGAAAAUGUUCUAAAUAAUACGAAUUUUAGUUGAAUACGUCAAUCAAUAAUUUUUUUUAAAUCUUUUCUGGAAUUAAUUAAUAUUUAUUAUGCAUAAUAAAAUGUGUCAUGGCACAUUAUUAAAAACUUUUUGUACAAUUUUAAAAUAUUUGUACCUGUCUACUGAUGUUUAAAUCCUACUCACUUGAUUUUUCUGUAAACACUAAGUAUUAAACAAAUAAUAA